AUGUCUCUGAGCGAUCACCCCAAGGCCUACGGCACGGCCGCGCUCGUCGUCGCUUUCGCCACCGGCGUCCUCGUCACCCUCGGCUUCAAGGACCUGUAUCCCGAUCUCGAGCGCCGCUUUCAGCGACGAGAAGGACGUUCCGUCCGUCGGCGGAGCAGCUUCUUCUGGGGCGACCCCGUCAAGCUCGAAGACUACGACCCGCAGCCUGCGCCUCCGACCUGUGGCGCGACGGUAUCCGAUGGCGUCGAGUCGUCCAUCGGCAACACGCCGCUCAUCCGAAUCCAUUCUCUCUCCGAAGCGACGGGCCGGACAAUCCUCGCAAAGGCCGAAUUCCUCAACGGCGCCGGCAACAGUCCAAAGGACCGCGUCGCCUUGUCCAUCAUCACCGAGGCCGAGAAGCAGGGACUGUUGACCCCCCACCAGGGUGACACCAUCUACGAGGGCACCGUCGGCAGCACGGGCAUCUCGCUCGCCACGCUCGCCCGCGCCAAGGGCUACAAGGCGCACAUCUGCAUGCCCGACGACCAGGCGCUUGAAAAGUCGGAGCUGCUGCAUCAUCUGGGCGCCACGGUGGAACGGGUCGCGGUCGCGCCCAUCACGAGCCCCGACCACUACGUCAACCUCGCCCGAAGAAGGGCGGCCGAGCACGCACGUCUGGCCGCCGACGGUAGCAAGGGCUUCUUUGCCGAUCAGUUCGAGUCCAGCGCGAACUGGCACGCCCACCUCUCCACGACGGGUCCCGAGAUAUUCAGCCAGACCCAAGGCGAGCUCGAUGCGUUUGUCGCCGGCGCCGGCACGGGAGGCACCAUCUCGGGCGUCGCCCGCCACCUGAAGCUCGAGGCCAAGAUGGCGAGCCUCCGCGUCGUCCUCGCCGACCCGCAGGGCAGCGGACUUUACAACAAAAUCAAGCACGGCGUCAUGUAUUCGUCCACCGAGCGGGAGGGCACCCGCCGCCGCCAGCAGGUCGACUCCAUCGUCGAGGGCAUCGGCGUCAACCGCGUCACUGAGAACCUCGAGGCCGGCCGGGACCUCAUCGACGACGCCAUCAAGGUGACGGAUGAGCAGGCUUGCCGCAUGGCCCGCUGGCUCGUCGAGAACGACGGACUCUUCGUCGGCAGCAGCAGCGCCGUGAACUGCGUCGCCGCCGUCGCCGCCGCCAUGACGCUCCCCGAGGGCAGUCGCGUCGCCACGAUGCUGUGCGACUCGGGCACGAGACACCUUAGCAAGUUCUGGAAGCGCAUCAAGGAGAUGGGGCUCGAAGAGACGGAGGCCACGGACCUGUUUCAGGAGCUUGGCAUACAGAGGUCGCAAUAG